AUGGCCACAGAUCUCCAGUCCCCGGAGACCUCUAUGGUCGAGCCGUCUCCCGCUCCGUCGAGUCCAUCCCGAGCUCAAUCGAAAUCGAAAUCGAGAUCAAGAUCUCGGCCGGCACGACGUCGUCACCGAGACUCCUCCCCCAUACCAUCAUCUUCGCCACCGGGCCUACCUACACCCGCCUUCUCGCCGGAUGGACAAAGUGAAGAAGAGGAUAUUGUGGAGGAAAAUACACUGUCCCCGUUCGACCCCCGCAGAAUUACACCUACGCUUCAUGCGUCUCUUGUCUCCGAAAUUCUUUCAUUACGUCGAGAUAUUGAACAUAAAACAAAAGCAAUCGAUUCUUUAGAACAAACCUUGGAUGAAUCGCGAACCGAAUGCGAGACACUUGGGGACAAUUUAUCACAGGUUACCCGCGAUGCUCGAUCUUUAAGACAUCAGAUCCAGCUUCUAGAAGGUGGGUCUUCAUCAGCAAUUACAGAGCUGGCUCGUGAGCGAGAUGAUGCCGUGGAAAAUAUCAACGAUGUUCGUAGGAAACUUGAACAUGCGCAAAAGAAGGCACGCCAUCGAGAAGAUGAAGUCGAGCGGACCCAUAUGCUGUGGAACCGUGAUCGAGAAGCAUGGGAAAAUGAGCGGCGGGGUAUGGAGCGCAAGGUGCAUAUUGUAGAGGGUCGCCUUAAGACAGUGUUGAAUGAGGUUGCAGCCGCUCAGGAAGCUGGGACACUUCAUUCUCAGCAUAGCGAAAAUGAUCUUUCCGCCAAAAGCAAGAUCAAGGGAAGCGACACAGCUAGCGUAGCUUCCAGCAGCCAAGGUCGUCGGCGUACGAGCAUGACUAGCGUGACUUCCGACGAGGGCAACAACGAGGCCGAUUACCAUAAUGCUCGGUACUCGGUUAUGAGUAUGAUUCCUGGGAAAGGCGAUUCAGGCCUCAAUCUCGCGCAAGAAUUGGCAUUUGAUGAAGAAGAAGAGUUUGAUGCAAGUGAGGAUGAGAGACCAGAUUCGCCCGAGGCGCUUCCUGAAGAACGACCAAUGUCUGUCCUUUCACAAUCAUCUCACUCAGUAGCAUCAAAGGCUCAAAAGAUUCUCGGGCUUUCUAUGCAAAAUACAGGCUCGGUCACGGCGUUGGAGAACCGUGCCUUGGAAAUGAAUAGCCCAUCCAAGUUGCAUUAUGAAGAAAUACCUGUGGAGUACUGUGAUAUAGGAAUCCAGUACUCCCCUCCAGCAUCACCUGGUAUGCCAGAAAAGGCAGAUGACAGCUGCGAUGUGAUCAGCCAUCCAUUACAAGAUACGGACCGCGAGACUCAUCAGAGCAGCAAUGAUCUCAACAUGAAAGACACUGGUGUGCUCACAAUCGCCGUAGAAAUGGUUUCAUCGUCCUGCCAGACCGUUGGAGAACUCCCGAGUCCCCCAUGGACACCCAAGGUUGCAGAACCGCCAAUCCAACCAGAGAAGAAGACCUCCGAGCCAGUCCAGAUGGCAUCCGCAUUUACCCAAACUGAUCCAGAGCCGACUCCGGAACCCGCCAAAGCCGAGAGGGCAUCUUUAUCUCCCAAUGAUAUCCAAUCUCAAAUGGAUAUCCCGAUGAUCGCGAUCCACCCACCGGGCUCAGAGCCCCCAUCGCCUCGUAAUAGCGUUGUGCUUCCUCCGCAAACCAAAAAUGUAUCUGUUCAGACCAACUUCAGGUCAAUUACGGAAGGCCGUUCCGUUGCCAUUCAGACUGAAGAAAUUCGUGUCGACCAACGACCUGUCAAGCUUCCUGCUAGCCUACUACCCUCAGCUCUCCGUGAUUUACCCACCGCAGCUGAAAUCAAAGAGUCCAACACCCAGACCUACCAGCCAUAUCGUGCACCUGUGCCUCCUCCACGUUCAGCCAAGAGGAUGCAACAGCAACAACCGCCCCCGGAGCGCCCUGCAAAACCCCCACGUGCCCAGACCUCGGAGUCUGUACCGGCCUACCAGGCAUAUCCUGGAAACAAUGAUAAUGGGCCCCUUUCAGAUGAUGUCCUAUCCGGACUGAGACGGCCCUUCAGGUCUAGUAGCCUUUUCGCUGGGUUUGAGCAACUCAGUGAUGAUGAAGCCCCGGGGGCAGAAGAGCGGGACAUAUUUACUGAUGAUGAGCUUCUUAAUCGACCCUUUGCCUCAUAUACCGUCCGCCGAGGCAAGUUGGUCAAUGCUAAAUCAAGGCCAAGCUUAGAUGAAAUGACUCUCCCUGAGAUAGAUGAACAUGUAUCAGACCCCGAAUCUCGACCGUCUCAGACUGGUCGCGCCUCAUCCCGUGCAACUCAACGAACAACUUCGAGUGGCCGCCAACCUGGAAUGCGCAAAAUGGCGAUGAUUUCUAGUGGUGCAGUAGCACACCAAAAGCCUCGUGCUCGCAGUCCUAGUGACCCAAGCCUUGACAGCGGUAGUGUCACCUCAAGUAUUGCACCCCCAUUUCCAGUUCCAAUUCGUCUCAGCUCGCGCAAUGUUCCAUUGAAUGGCAGUGAUGGACCCCCAAGCCCGACUCGCUCUGCUGGCCGGCAAUUUUCGGAUCGCGGAGCACGUACAAAUCUGGCGCGACGACCAACACUUCGUCGAGUUCGCUCUGCUGCCACGAUGUCCCAAAGCGAUCUCGCUGAGCGUCCAGAGACACUCUCAUCACCGGCUCGUUCCGCAUCCCCAUUCGCGCCCGAGAGUCCUGUGUACCGCCCGCCCCUUCCAGUUGAUGAUAUCACAGCUCCUCGCGAGCGUCGGGCCCCUGCGAAACGACCCUCUCAUCGCCCAGCGGUGCCUUCCAUGAACUGGGAUAAUGAACGACGUGACUCGACAGGCGGUGUACAGCCAACGAGUGUUGUCGAUGCAAUUGCUCAGACGAUGGUUGGCGAAUGGAUGUUCAAGUAUGUUCGUCGGCGCAAGUCAUUCGGCAUGGGCGAAUCCAAAGAAGCCUGGGAAGGUCGGAAUCCAGACGAAGUAUCAGCCAAUAUUACUAAUAGUGGAGUGCGCCAUAAGCGAUGGGUUUGGCUGGCACCUUACGAAGGUUCUAUUAUGUGGAGCAGUAAACAACCAACAAGUGGGCCUGCCUUGCUGGGCAAGAGUGGCCGGAAGUUUGCUAUUCAAUCCGUGUUGGAUGUCAAAGAUGACAACCCACUCCCUAAGGGCUCAGCUGGAGCUCCAAUUCCUUUCAACCGCUCUAUCCUAGUACUCACACCGCAACGUGCUCUCAAAUUCACCGCACUGACCAUCGAACGCCACUACGUUUGGUUAACUGCGCUUUCAUUCCUUAGCCAUUCCUCAAUGGGUCUUCAGGAUCUAGCUGUAUUACCACCAGUACCACAAGAGGAAGCUGCUUCAGCCAUACCUCACCACGCAGCCUUACGUCGCAAUCCAAUUCGCGACUCCAUUCGUGUAGCGAAGGGUCGCCCACGACCUAUGCCCAAGGGCAAACGCUCCUUCCCCGACGCCUCGGUUCCAGUGCCUGAACUCCCAACUGAGGAUCUAGAGAGUCUCAACUCAAUGGCUGCUGAUGCCCCUCAUGUUCCACGUUUCUCUAAUCAUAAUCAACAUAAUCGCAAGCGCAGCAACACGGCACCUCGGCCUCCUGCACUUCACGCAAUCCGCAGCUUCUCGAGCCAAGGUACCAUGCCCUCUUCUCAUAGUGGCACGACUGCCGGGUCCGCCGAGGCAUAUUUCUCGCCUGUCGCACCGCCCGGUCUCCCUCCUGGAAUUGCAAGUGGCGGUAGCACCAUGAGCCGUCGCACCUCCGAAGCAAGCGGCCGUACAACCAACACCACUGCAAGCAACAUGUUCGAUAUGGGCACUGUCCGUAUGGAAGCGUUCAUAGAUCAUCACGCGGAACAAAUUAAUCGGCCUCGUGUUGCACCCCCACAACCACCACUACCACGCCAGCGACAUGUACGCAAGGCUUCUAGUCAAUGGAGUCAAGGCCGAUAUGAGUAUGAUGCUCCCUCUGUUGACGACAGCGAACUUUCAUUCCGACCCGAUGAUCCCUUCCGUGGGUUUUAA